AGGUGCUCGAAGAUGGACAGGCGAUCCGUUCAGCUGGCGGCGGUAGCGACACCAAACAAGUCGUUCAUUGGGUCGAAUUGCGUCUACACGAGCGCAGAUGACCUGAGGCAGCUGGGCAUCAAAGAUGGCGACUUUGUCUCGGUUAAGUCGAUGAUCUUCGUGGCUCGUGCAGAUGAAGCUGUGGGAGCGGGAAACAUUGCUUUUAAUCUUGUUCAAAGAAAGACCCUUCAGAUAUCCUUGAACGAGCCUCUUGCCGUCCAGGCCUGGUUUGCUCCCAAGGAAAACAUUCACAUGUUUAGAAUCUCGGUAGAAGCAGAUUUUCCCAACAAAGGUCGAGCCACGAAUGAUCCCAUUGAUGCGGAAAUGUUGGGUCGGUUCAUAGCGUCAUCGUUCUCUGGCCAGUGCUUUUCCGUUGGACAGGAUUUUUUGAUAGAUUUUCAAGGGAACAGUCUGACGCUGCGUGUGACUGAGCUGGAGAUCUUGAAAGGCGAUGCCCAGCCGACAGAGGAGAAGAUGCAGCAGAUCAAGGAGGAUGACAUCGUCCCUUCUCCGAUGGGAAUUCUCAACAAGUUGUCGCGAGUUACAGUCGGGAAGUUCCAGGGGUCUACCAUCAACCUCGUGAACGUGCAGAAAGCCACCACUUCGUCAAAGAUUUUCAGGCCGGAUUUCUCCUUCUCCAAGAUGGGUAUCGGUGGUUUGGACUCAGAGCUCGGAGACAUCUUCCGACGUGCGUUCGCAUCUCGUGUAUAUCCGGCGUCGGUUCUUGCUAAGAUGGGGCUGAUGCAUGUGCGAGGAGUGUUGUUGUAUGGUGCUCCAGGCUGCGGAAAGACUUUGAUCGCGAGGAAGAUCGGAAAGAUGCUUGUGGACAGAGAGCCUAAGGUUGUGAACGGUCCUGAGAUCUUCAGCAAAUAUGUCGGUGGGAGUGAAGAAAACAUCAGAAAUCUGUUUGCGGAGGCGAAGGCAGAGCAGGCGGAGAAAGGCGAUGAAAGUGAACUUCACGUCAUCAUCCUCGAUGAGUUGGACGCGAUCUGUCGUCAGCGUGGGACAACGAGAGGAGACACGGGAGUGGGAGACUCAGUGGUGAAUCAGCUUCUCUCCUACAUCGAUGGUGUAGACUCACUUAACAACAUCCUCUUGAUUGGCAUGACGAACCGCAAAGACAUGUUGGAUGAGGCGCUGCUGAGGCCCGGGCGUCUUGAAGUGCAUGUCGAGAUCGGGUUGCCGGACGAGAGGGGUCGCGUGCAGAUCAUCAGCAUCCACACGAACAGCAUGAAGGCAAACGGCUUCCUAGACUCUCAAGUGAACGUCGAGGAGCUUGCAACCAUGACCAAGAACUACACCGGAGCAGAGCUUGAAGGUGUCUGCAAGGCCGCUGCCUCCUAUGCAUUUGAGCGGAAUAUUGACAAGUCGAAUCUUGAUCAUCCGCACGCCAACAUUGAUAACAUCAGAGUGAUGAUGGAAGACUUCACCCGGGCGAUCAAUGAAGUCAAACCUGCUUUCGGUGUGAGCAUGGACCAACUUGACAUGUGCAUGCCCAACGGGAUCAUCAACUUCGGCCCCAGAUUCGACCGCCUCUAUGAGACUGGUCUCAAGUUCCUUGCACAGGUCCACGAGAGCGAGCGAACUCCUCUUCUAUCCAUCCUUCUUGAAGGAAACGCGGGGUCUGGCAAGACUGCAUUGGCUGCGAAACUGGCGUCACAGGCUGACUAUCCUUACAUCAAGUUCAUCUCCGCCGAGUCUCUUGUCAACCAGACCGAAGUCGCUAGGGCACACAAGAUCACGCAAGCAUUCGAGGACGCGUACCGUUCGCCUCUCUCGGUGAUCGUGCUGGACAACAUCGAGCGUCUUGUCUCCUAUGUUAAGAUCGGUCCUCGCUUCUCCAACGAGAUUCUCCAAAUCCUUCUCGUCCUGAUCUCCAAGAGGCCCCCCAAGGGUCAUCGCCUCCUCGUUGUCGGCACCACAUCGAGUUUGGCUGUUCUCGAGCAGCUCGAGCUUGCGGGGGAGAGUGGCGUGUUCACCACGAGCAUGCACGUCCCUUACCUGAGCCAGCCUGAGGUCGAGACUGUCAUGACUCAGCAGGGAUGUUUUGAACCCGAUGGGAUCAGUCAGUGCGCGGCUGAGAUUGGGGACGGAGGGAUCGGCAUCAAGACUCUGCACAUGGUCACUGAGAUGGCGAGGAGUGUGAGCAAAGGGAACAUCACGCCAGCAGCGUUCAAGCAGUGCCUGAGGUCCUAUGGCUUGUGAGUGGUAGCAGUGAAUUUCUUUUGUGGGGGAUUGAGGAAACGCGGGAAAUAUCACG